AUGGACUUUCUAAUGAGUACGUCUCUAUCGGAAUCAACUUCCACAUCAGCAGACUUCUGUGUAGUUUGUGGAGAUAAAGCAAUUGGAAAACAUUAUGGAGCAGUCGCCUGUAACGGCUGUAAAGGAUUCUUCCGCAGAAGUGUGUGGCAAAACCUACAGUACACCUGUCGAUUCAACAAGCAGUGCAACAUUGACAAAGACCAUAGGAAUGCUUGUCGGUACUGUCGGUUCCAAAAGUGUCUUGCUGAUGGUAUGAAGCCAGAAGCCAUUCAAAACGAGCGGGACCGUAUUGGAAGUACAAAGAGAAGGAAGCGCAGUGGAGCUAACUCAGAGAACAAUUCAGACUCUGAAGGCACGCCGAGCCCAAAAAUUGAAGUAAUGGGAAACUCUGUGUCACGCAAACUGAUAGAGAUGCUUCUCGACAUUGAACAUCGUUUGGCGAGCAAUCAAAGCAUGAAUGCGCUUCUCAGAGAUGAGUCGGAGACAAAGAGCAGCCGACAGAGAGCCGUAAACUAUCUGAUCGGAUGGACCAAUAUGUUGCAUCCACUUCCGGAAGUACCACUUGCAGAUAAGCUCCUUCUUCUCAAGAAGUUCUCCUCUGCCUUCACUCUUCUGGGAACCAUGCAAAGAAGUAUGGCUCUUCCACACUUUGUUCUCCCCAACGAUCAAGUCCUAAGCAUCACAUGCCAACAUCCACAAGAGCUCUAUGAUGCCCUCACCAGAAUCAUCGAUGAGCUUUUGACGCCACUUCGCAGACUGCGCACCGAUCAUGCCGAAUUCAGUUGUCUGAAAGCGCUAUUGUUGUUGAAUCCAGACGUGGUCGGAAUCUCCAGCUCCACUCGCGAUAAGAUCCGGGAUGCACGUGAUCAACUGCUCAAAGCUCUUUUCGCCUACAUGAGCAAUACACAAAACUCGAUCGAAGCAUCUCUCCGUGUAUCUUCUCUUCUUAUGAUUGUCCCAUCCUUGAUCUCUGUCAGCUCUAUGAUCAUGGAAUUCCCAGGACUCAGCGAUCUGUUUGGUCUUGGUGAUGUUAUGAAGAGAGAAUCUAGCAGCCCUAAAGUUGAGACUCCGCCCCUUGAGAUGGCACCAAUGGUGCAUAAGCUUACACCACCACCACCAGUGGUCACAACAUCUCCAUCAGCAAUGCCACAAACCAAUAUUAUGAUGAACAAGGAUAUCCUAUCCCAGAUUAUCAACAAUCCUCAACUCUUCCCACUUCUUCCAAUCCCUCAAACAGCUUCCCCACCAUUGAGCUUCAUGGGACAAUCGGAAUACGCAUCUCACCAUCUUCAGCAAAUGCCAGUCAAAGUGAUCCUCUCCUAA